AUGCGCCUAUCUUUGCAAGCGACGACACGAUGCUUGAGAAAUUUCGAACGAAGUAGUCGUUUUUAUCAACAGUUAAGACCGCUUUCGAUUCAAUCUUAUCACGUUGCAGUAUCUAGAAGCUAUAGCUGUUCAGGGCGACAUCUUUUAGCUUCUUGUGGAGACCGACGACCAAUUAUUACAUCCCAUCGGUUUUACAGCAAUCCGAAUGAAAAUGGGAAAGAUGAUGAUGAUAAAAUUUCGAGUGAUACAAAAAAUAAGGAUACAGCAAUCGUGGAACAGGUUGAAGAUAUGUUAGGAGGACCAAUGAGUACGAUAACAGUUCCGGAAGUUUGGCCUAUUGUACCAAUUAUUGCCAUCUCAAGAAAACCACUUUUUCCUGGCUUUAUCACACGGGUUACUGUCGCUAAAGACGAAAUACUAAAAGAAUUGUUAAGAAGGAAGGUACGAAUGCGUCAACCGUAUGUUGGAGUUUUCAUGAAAAAAGAUCCUGAGAAUGAAUCGGAAACAGUAGAAUCCUUGUCUGAACUUCAUUCAGUGGGAUCAUUCGCACAAAUCAAUGUUAUGGGUGAUAAUGGUGACAAAAUAGAAUUGGUUCUGGUUGCUGAAAGGCGCAUACGCAUUUUAGAACCGGUUGCUGAUGAUGUUGAUUCAUAUGAAAAUAUUGGAAAAAUCAACGGCAGAAGGGCACGUCAAGAGCGUCGUAAGCUACUGAAGGAAAAGGGAAAAGAUCAAAUUUCGUUAGCUGCAUCUUCAGCAGUUACUUUAGCUCGGACCGAAAAUGUUGUUUCACAACCUAUUGAAAGGACAACAGAAGUUAAAGCAACAAUGCAAGCUAUAGUUAGUACGAUUCGUGAUGUAAUGCAAUAUAAUACGUUGUUUGCACAGCAACUUGGCUUAACGGCAAAUCCAUCAAGGAAUGUGGUUGACAAUCCUGUAUAUCUAUGUGAUUUAGUUGGGUCGCUUGUAAGCGCUGAUCCAAACGAUUUACAAAAUUUGAUGGAUGAAGAAGUUAUUGAAAAUCGUUUGAAGUUAGCAUUGCUACUGAUUGAAAAGGAAAAAACAGUCGCAAAACUGAAACAUGAUAUUAAUAAGGAUGUGGAAAAGAAAGUUCAUGAUCAACAUCGUAAAUUCCUUUUGAAUGAACAGCUGAAAGCAAUCAAAAAAGAACUUGGAUUAGAAAAGGAUGACAAAGAAGCCUUGACGGAAAAAAUGCAAGAUCGCAUAAAAAACCUUAAUGUUCCUGAAUAUGUAAUGAAAGUAAUUAAGGAAGAACAAACCAAACUAUCUUUUCUAGAUCCGCAUUCCAGUGAAUUUUCAGUUGCAAGAAAUUAUUUGGAUUGGUUAACAAAUAUGCCAUGGGGUAAGACAUCGGAGGAUGUGCUUGAUUUGGAUAGAGCGAUUGCUGUCCUAGAUGAAGACCAUUAUGGAAUGAAAGAUGUGAAAGAUCGAAUUUUGGAAUUCAUUGCAAUUGGUAUACUUAAAAAGAAAGUAAGUGGUAAAAUUUUAUGCUUACAUGGACCGCCAGGCACCGGUAAAACGAGUAUUGCACGAUCAAUUGCCAGAGCGUUAAAUAGGGAGUACUUUCGAUUUUCGGUUGGUGGAAUGACAGAUGUUGCAGAAAUCAAAGGACAUCGCCGUACAUAUGUUGGCGCGAUGCCUGGAAAAAUGAUUCAAUGUCUGAAAAAAGUACAAACUGAAAAUCCAUUAGUUUUAAUUGAUGAAGUGGAUAAAAUUGGUGGCACAAGUUAUCAUGGCGAUCCAUCAUCAGCGUUAUUAGAACUGUUAGAUCCAGAACAAAACACCAAUUUUAAUGAUCACUUUCUCGAUGUCCCUGUCGAUUUGUCAAAGGUAUUAUUUAUUUGCACUGCAAACAUUACGGAUACUAUUCCUGGUCCACUAAAAGAUCGCAUGGAAAUGAUCGAAGUAUCGGGUUAUGUUGCAGAAGAGAAAUUAAAUAUUGCACAGAGUUAUUUGGUACCUCAGUGUCGAAAGGAUAGCUCAUUGGAAGAAAACCAACUUCAGAUAACUCCGGAAGCAUUACAAACACUUAUCAAACACUACUGCCGAGAAUCUGGUGUUCGAAAUCUUCAGAAGCAUAUUGAAAAGAUAUUUCGUAAAGCAGCUUUCAAAAUAGCCGGUGGAAUUAGUCAAGAAAUUGCUCAAGUAAUUGUUGAUAAUCAGAAUAUCGAAGACUUCGUCGGAAGACCUAAAUUUACCAGCGAUCGUCUAUACGAUUCAACACCGGUUGGCGUAAUAAUGGGUCUUGCAUGGACAGCUAUGGGUGGUUCAUCGUUAUACAUUGAAGCAUGUUUACGUCGGAGUUUAGUUACAUCUAAAACUUCUUUAUCACGAAAUCCAAGUACUGAUAGUGGAUUUUCAAAUGAUUCAUUGAAUGAUGCAGACAACUCAUCGAAAUCCGAUGCAACCGUUCCAUUCGGUAGUUUAGAAACAACUGGACAUCUAGGUGAUGUUAUGAAAGAGAGUAUGCGUAUUGCCUAUACGGUCGCUAAAAAUAUCCUUAGGAAUCAUUUUCCGAAUAACGAUUUUCUCGAUAAGGCGCAUAUACAUGUUCAUGUCCCAGAGGGUGCAACACCGAAAGAUGGUCCAUCUGCAGGUUGUACAAUAACAUCGGCUUUAUUGUCGCUGGCUUUGAAUCAGCCCGCUCGGCAAAAUGUUGCAAUGACCGGUGAAAUUUCUCUUACUGGAAGAAUAUUACCAGUUGGUGGAAUUAAAGAAAAAGUUAUUGCUGCUAAAAGAGCUGGAGUGAAUUGUAUUAUAUUACCGGAAGAAAAUCGGAAAGAUUUCUCGGACUUGCCAGACUUUAUCCGAAAAGAUGUGGAUGUACAUUUUGUUUCGCAUUACGACCAAAUAUACGACAUCAUAUUCCGAAAUUAA